UUCGGCACAAUCAAACCAAAACACGAGCAUGAACGACUCGCUUAGUUCCUAAAGAAGGUUAUGUUUACAUCUGCGGUCCAUGCUGGUAACAUAAAAUACCGCUUAAUUAGAUCGUACCCACGUUGCCGGUUGAUGUUGCAUUUGCUACCGACAUUGAAGAUAAACCACGUGUCAUCAAGUGCUGCCACAGAUCUUGGUAGCUGCAACGCAGUAGAAAUGGCUGAGGACACCGCCACCGGACCACCGCUGCAGUACCGAGUUGUAGCAAAAUGUUCUAAAACAAAGGCCCGCGUCGGAGUUAUGACGUUAAGGCACAGUGAUGUCGAUACGCCAGUGUUUAUGCCCGUGGGUACUCAGGGUACUCUUAAAGGGUUAUUACCGGAUCAGAUCUUGAACUUAGGUUGUCAAAUUAUGCUCGGUAAUACUUAUCAUCUGGGGAUGAGGCCUGGAACAGAAAUUCUAAAACAAGCUGGUGGACUGCACAACUUCAUGGGCUGGCCUCGAGCGCUGCUAACAGAUUCGGGUGGUUUCCAGAUGGUGUCCCUGUUGCAGCUGGCAGAAAUAACGGAAGAAGGUGUAAAGUUUGAGUCACCGUACGAUAAAAGUGAGUGCAUGCUAACUCCAGAACGAUCUAUGGAAAUACAGAAUGCGAUCGGUGCGGAUAUUAUGAUGCAACUGGAUGAUGUGGUCAAAACUACGACCACGGGACCGCGCGUGGAGGAAGCAAUGCAACGGACUAUCCGCUGGUUGGAUAGAAGUAUAUCGGCACACACUCGUGACGAUCAGCAGAGUAUUUUCCCGAUUGUUCAGGGUGGUUUACAGCCGGAAUUACGAAAACUAUGUGCCGAGGAACUUACCCGCCGGAGCACACGUGGAUUCGCCGUUGGUGGACUUAGCGGUGGCGAAAGCAAAGAUGAGUUCUGGCGAACGGUUAACCUCUGUACCGAUUUGCUUCCCGACGACAAACCACGAUACUUGAUGGGUGUCGGAUUUGCAGCGGAUCUAGUCGUUUGCGUGGCUUUGGGCAUUGACAUGUUUGACUGUGUGUUUCCUACCAGAACGGCACGUUUCGGUUGUGCAUUAACUCGCCAGGGGCAGAUCAAUUUAAAACAUCAAAUCCACAAGCUGGAUAUGAAACCCAUUGAUGAAGAGUGCGAUUGUUCCACUUGCAAAACCUACAGUCGGUCGUAUUUGCAUCAUAUUGUGACGGUGGAACCGGUUGCGUGUAGCAUUCUGAGCAUCCAUAAUGUUGCGUUUCAGCUCAAAUUGAUGAAUGACAUUCGAAACAGCAUUAAGACGGACACAUUUCCUGAAUUCAUUCAGACGUUUAUGAAACAGCGCUUCUCUGAUGGAAAUGUUCCACAAUGGAUAGUGGAUGCACUAGCAGCAGUCAAUGUUCAAGUCUAGAAAAAAUCUUCAGAUAUGCUUAAAACAAGUAACCCUAGUUGUAAGAACCGAAAACAAUUACAACAUAAAUUAUUUAUUCCA